AGUAUUCGAUUAUUUCUAGAACUGUUUAUUUCUAUUUGUGUCAAUGUUGCUAAAUAUUUUUGCUUUAGUUUGUGUUCUUCUAGUAAAUGUUGAGGGUCACAUUGUCCGACGUGAUGAAUCAUCGUCAACAAGCGCAGCUCCCAACAUCCUGGAAUCUUUCCAGAAAAACUUGGAACAAUUCAAAAACUGUAUAGAUCAGAGCCUUGCAAAAACAGUGGAACAAGUCAAUGAAAAACAAUUACAGCCAGUAUUGACUGUUUUAGGCGAUUCUUUGAAUAGGGUUUCUAAAGCCUUCGACGACUUGGCUGCAUCAACGCAAAGCCCCAAAAACAAUAACUAAAAUACGGUCGUACACAAUUAUGUGCUGUUUAUUUAAUACAUUUAUAUGUAUAAGAAUGAUUGAAUGAAAUU